AUGGUUGGGGGAGCACAAGACAAUUAUAGACCGUACAGCAAGUUGAGGACAAAAAUACGAAAACCAACAUUCCAAACAAUUGAUGCCAGCUCAGGAGACUCCACUUCUGACCUUGAAACAAGCGAAGACUUAAAGAGACAGACUUCAGAUCCUUUUUUAGAAAAGGACAGAUACUCAGACGAACCACCAGGGACAUCACGCAUCAAUACUCGAGAUAUAAAAAAAACGACCUACGCGGCGAGGACAGAGGCACUGUCAAAAAUACAAAUCUCACCUCAAAACCACCCAGAAUGA